GCCCGCUGGCGCGAUUCCCCCGCUCGGCCCGGGCACGGCGGGGACCCCGGCCCUCCCGGCGCCCCUCCGCCCGCGGGCACGCAGGAGCCAUGAGGGGCCACAUUGCCCCCAGCGGCCACGUGGUCUGGCUUUUGGUGCUGGUGUCUGGAUGCUGGGGCCAGGUGAACCGCCUGCCCUUCUUCACCAACCACUUCUUUGACACGUACCUGCUGAUCAGCGAGGACACGCCUGUGGGUUCCUCCGUGACCCAGCUGCUAGCACGAGACAUGGACAACGACCCGCUGGUGUUUGGUGUAUCUGGGGAAGAGGCGUCUCGCUUUUUUGCCGUGGAGCCCGACACGGGUGUGGUGUGGCUCCGGCAACCGCUGGACAGAGAGACCAAGUCUGAGUUCACAGUGGAGUUCUCUGUCAGUGACCACCAGGGGGUGAUCACAAGGAAGGUGAACAUCCAGGUCGGGGACGUAAAUGACAACGCACCCACGUUUCACAACCAGCCCUACAGCGUGCGCAUUCCUGAGAACACCCCGGUGGGCACGCCCAUCUUCAUCGUGAACGCCACGGACCCGGACCUGGGCGCGGGCGGCAGCGUGCUCUACUCCUUCCAGCCCCCAUCCCCGUUCUUCGCCAUCGACAGUGCCCGGGGCAUCGUGACCGUGACCCGGGAGCUGGACUACGAGACCACGCAGGCCUACCAGCUCACGGUCAACGCCACGGAUCAAGACAAGACCAGGCCUCUGUCCACGCUGGCCAACUUGGCCAUCAUCAUCACGGACGUCCAGGACAUGGACCCCAUCUUCAUCAACCUGCCCUACAGCACCAAUAUCUACGAGCACUCCCCGCCGGGCACCACUGUCCGCGUCAUCACCGCCAUCGACCAGGACAAAGGGCGUCCCCGGGGCAUCGGCUACACCAUCGUCUCAGGAAACACCAAUAGCAUCUUCGCGCUGGACUACAUCAGCGGGGCGCUGACCCUGAAUGGCCUGCUGGACCGCGAGAACCCGCUCUAUAGCCAUGGCUUCAUCCUCACCGUGAAGGGCACAGAGCUGAACGAUGACCGCACCCCGUCAGACGCCACCGUCACCACCACCUUCAACAUCCUGGUCAUUGACAUCAACGACAACGCCCCCGAGUUCAACAGCUCCGAGUACAGCGUGGCCAUCACCGAGCUGGCCCAGGUCGGCUUUGCUCUCCCGCUGUUCAUCCAGGUGGUGGACAAGGACGAGGGUCUGAACAGCAUGUUCGAGGUGUACCUCGUGGGGAACAACUCCCAUCACUUCAUCAUCUCCCCCACCUCCGUGCAAGGCAAGGCGGACAUCCGCAUCCGGGUGGCCAUCCCCCUGGACUACGAGACCGUGGACCGCUACGACUUCGACCUCUUUGCCAACGAGAGCGUGCCAGAGCACGUGGGCUACGCCAAGGUGAAGAUCGCCCUCAUCAAUGAGAAUGACAACCGGCCCGUCUUCAGCCAGCCGCUGUACAACGUCAGCCUGUACGAGAACGUCACCGUGGGCACCUCGGUGCUGACCGUGCUGGCUACAGACAAUGACGUGGGCACCUUUGGGGAAGUCAGCUACUACUUCAGCGAUGACCCUGACCGGUUCUCCCUGGACAAGGACACGGGCCUCAUCAUGCUGAUCGCCCGCCUGGACUACGAGCUCAUCCAGCGCUUCACGCUGACCAUCAUCGCCAGGGACGGUGGCGGCGAAGAGACCACGGGCCGGGUCAGGAUCAACGUGCUGGACGUGAAUGACAACGUGCCCACCUUCCAGAAGGAUGCGUACGUGGGCGCCCUGCGUGAGAACGAGCCCUCGGUCACGCAGCUGGUGCGGCUCCGGGCCACAGAUGAAGACUCCCCGCCCAACAACCAGAUCACCUAUAGCAUCGUCAACGCCUCGGCCUUCGGCAGCUACUUUGACAUCAGCGUGUACGAGGGCUAUGGAGUGAUCAGCGUGAGCCGCCCCCUGGAUUACGAGCAGAUUCCCAAUGGCUUGAUCUACCUGACCGUCAUGGCCAAGGACGCCGGCAACCCCCCUCUCAACAGCACCGUCCCCGUGACCAUCGAGGUGUUCGAUGAGAAUGACAACCCCCCCACCUUCAGCAAGCCCGCCUACUUCAUCUCUGUGCUGGAGAACAUCAUGGCAGGAGCCACCGUGCUGUUCCUCAACGCCACGGACCUGGACCGCUCACGGGAGUACGGCCAAGAGUCCAUCAUCUACUCCCUGGAGGGGUCCUCGCAGUUCCGGAUCAAUGCUCGCUCCGGCGAGCUCACCACCACGUCCCUGCUGGACCGGGAGACCAAGUCCGAAUACAUCCUCAUCGUCCGUGCGGUGGACGGCGGCGUGGGCCACAAUCAGAAAACCGGCAUCGCCACAGUGAACGUCACCCUCCUGGACAUCAACGACAACCACCCCACCUGGAAGGACGCCCCGUACUACAUCAACCUGGUGGAGAUGACCCCUCCAGACUCUGACGUGACCACGGUCGUGGCCGUGGACCCAGACCUGGGGGAGAAUGGCACCCUGGUGUACAGCAUCGAGCCCCCCAACAAGUUCUACAGCCUGAACAGCAGCACGGGCAAGAUCCGCACCACCCACGUCAUGCUGGACCGGGAGAACCCCGACCCCCACGAGGCGGAGCUCAUGCGCAAGAUUAUCAUCUCGGUCACCGACUGUGGCAGGCCACCCCUGAGGGCCACGAGCAGUGCCACGGUGUUUGUGAACCUCCUGGAUCUCAAUGACAACGACCCCACCUUCCAGAACCUGCCCUUUGUGGCCGAGGUGCUGGAAGGCACCCCUGCGGGCGUCUCUGUCUACCAGGUGCUGGCCAUCGACCUGGACGAGGGCCUGAACGGGCUGGUGUCGUACCGCAUGCGGGUGGCCAUGCCACGCAUGGACUUCCUCAUCAACAGCACCAACGGUGUGGUGACGACCGCCACUGAGCUGGACCGCGAGCGCAUUGCGGAGUACCAGCUGCGGGUGGUGGCCAGCGACGCGGGCACCCCCACCAAGAGCUCCACCAGUACACUCACCAUCCGAGUGCUGGACGUGAACGACGAGACGCCCACUUUCUUCCCGGCCGUGUACAAUGUGUCCGUGUCCGAGGAUGUGCCCCGGGACUUCCGGGUGCUCUGGCUGAACUGCACAGACAACGACGUGGGCCUCAACGCGGAGCUCAGCUACUUCAUCACAGGCGGGAACGUGGACGGGAAGUUCAGCGUGGGCUACCGCGACGCCGUGGUGAGGACCGUGGUGAACCUGGACCGCGAGACCACGGCCGCCUACACGCUCAUCCUGGAGGCGAUUGACAAUGGCCCCGUGGGCAAGCGGCGCACGGGCACCGCCACCGUGUUCGUCACCAUCUUGGAUGUGAACGACAACCGGCCCAUCUUCCUGCAGAGCAGCUACGAGGCCAGCGUCCCCGAGGACAUCCCAGAAGGCCACAGCAUUGUGCAGCUGAAAGCCACGGACGCGGAUGAAGGCGAGUUCGGGCGUGUGUGGUACCGCAUCCUUCAGGGUAACCAAGACAACAACUUCCGGAUCCACGUCAGCAGCGGGCUCCUGAUGCGGGGACCACGGGCCCUGGACCGGGAGCGGAACUCAUCCCACGUGCUGCUGGUGGAGGCCUACAACCACGACCUGGGCCCCAUGCGGAGCUCUGUGAGGGUGAUUGUGUACGUGGAGGACAUCAACGAUGAGGUGCCCGUGUUCACGCAGCAGCAGUACAGCCGCCUGGGGCUCCGGGAGACGGCGGGCAUCGGCACGUCGGUCAUCGUGGUGCGGGCCACCGACCGAGACACAGGGGACGGCGGUCUGGUCAACUACCGCAUCCUGUCGGGGGCCGAGGGCAAGUUCGAGAUCGACGAGAGCACGGGGCUCAUCACCACCGUGGACUACCUGGACUACGAGACCAAGACCAGCUACCUGAUGAACGUGUCGGCCACCGACCGGGCGCCCCCCUUCAACCAGGGCUUCUGCAGCGUCCACGUCACCCUGCUCAACGAGCUGGAUGAGGCCGUGCAGUUCUCCAACGCCUCCUACGAGGUGGCCGUCCUGGAGAACCUGGCUCUGGGCACCGAGAUCGUGCGCGUCCAGGCCUUCUCCCUGGACAACCUCAACCAGAUCACUUACCGCUUCGACGCCUACACCAGCGCCCAGGCCAAGGCCCUCUUCAGGAUCGACCCCAUCACGGGUGUGAUCACGGUCAAGGGCCUGGUGGACAGGGAGAAAGGGGACUUCUACACCUUGACGGUGGUGGCAGACGAUGGCGGCCCGAAGGUGGAUUCCACGGUGGUGAGUGCGCCCCCUCAGCACCAGAACCCGUGCUUCGCCAGCACCCAGCCCUGGGCCGGGCAGGGGGAGGGCACCGCGGCCCAGGCGUGGGGCUGGGGUGAUGGACGGCUGAAGCACCGCAAACCACUGACCGCCUGCUUCUCUGCCUUUUCUCUCGGCCUCCGCCUGCCACGCUGCCACAGAAGCCCCGGGGGAGUCGAGGGGGCCCAGCGGGGAAACUGA